CCAAGAUUCUCCUUGUUGGAUCCGAAUUUAACGCUUUCGGACAAGACCCUUUCAUUUCUCUCGCUUUCCCAGUCGGCCCCUUUCACUUUUCCAAGCUCCCUUGCGUGAAUUUGGUUUCUUUUGCUCUCGGACGCUUUCCUUGCUUUGAACAGUGCGAAGAUCCAAUUCCGUCGUUCCAGAUUCGGUUUUCUGGGUUCUGAAGCUGAAGCCACUCCGGUCGGAAUGGAGAUUGAAGUUUCCGGGACGAAUCAUGGCGAAAAUCAGCGAUCCGUGGGGACCCAUUUGGAGGAAUUCGAGAUUGAACCAUCCAACCACCAGCAGUUCCAUCCAAUGAAUGCGCUCGAGAUUCUGAGGGAAACUGUACGGAUUCUCCGGUACAAUCUCGGCGCUUUCAUGUUGACUGCUGCUGUCCUGAUCUGUCCUGUUUCUGCUGUUCUCUUACCAAACCUGCUAGUUGAUGAAUCAUUAGUUGAGAAACUCACGGUCAGGUUGCUCAUAGUUACAGAGUCCAGUGGCCUUCCUCUUAAGCCCUUUGUGAAACACUCGUGCCGGAAAUUCGCUGAAACCGCUGUUUCAUCUGCAAUGUGUUUUCCAUUGUCCGUAACAUUGUCUCUCCUGUCAAGGGCAGCCAUUGUUUACUCAGUGGAUUGCACUUAUUCCAGGACAAAUGCCGAUGUAAGCAAGUUCAUUGUCACAGUCCAGAGGCUUUGGAAACAGCUUGUUGUUACCUACUUGUGGAUAUGUUUGGUUAUUGUCGGUUGCCUCACAUCAUUCUUCGUCAUUCUUAUCGCAAUCUGUAGCUCCUUUUCUGUUCUCGGACUCUCUCCCGAUCUCCAUACCUAUGGAGCUAUCGUAGUUGGAAUGGUGUUUUCUGUUGUUUUUGCAAAUGCCAUUAUAAUCUGCAACACAGCAAUUGUGGUAUGCAUACUCGAAGAUUUGUCAGGGCAUCGAGCUUUGGUCCGCGCCAGCGAUCUGAUCAAGGGGCAGACUCAGGUGGGUUUGUUGAUAUUUCUCGGAUCAACAAUAGGUUUGGCAUUUGUGGAGGGAUUGUUCGAGCAUAGAGUGAAGAACUUGAGUUAUGGAGACGGGUCUUCGAGGAUAUGGGAAGGGCCCCUUCUGGUUGUGAUGUAUUCGUUUGUUGUCCUUGUCGAUUCGAUGAUGAGUGCAGUGUUCUAUUUCAGCUGCCGGUUUUACAGAUCGGAAGGAUGUCGGAUACUGAGAGAGUUACCGGUUCUUUGGGAAAGAACAGUCAUUCCUUGUUGUAGUGUCUUUUCCACGUAA